AUGGAUAUCACUGCCAAGAUGGAGAUCAGCGUCGGACAGCAACAGUUCAUGCCACCCACUUGCUUCUUCGCAGCGGCUCAGAGCAUCCAGCUCAGCCCGACCGACAGCCAGUGCAGCGGCAAGUCCGCCUCCAAGCAGAUGAAGAGACACCGGUCGUCCUCCCCCGAGCUCCUGCGGUGCAAACGGAGGCUCAACUUCGCCGGUUUCGGCUACAGUCUUCCGCAGCAGCAGCCGCACGCCGUGGCGCGACGGAACGAGAGAGAGCGCAACCGGGUGAAGCUGGUCAACAACGGCUUCGCCACGCUCCGCGAACAUGUCCCCAACGGCGCCGCCAACAAGAAGAUGAGCAAAGUGGAGACGCUGCGCUCGGCGGUGGAGUACAUCCGCGCUUUGCAGCAGCUGCUGGAUGAACACGAUGCGGUCAGCGCAGCCUUCCAGUCGGGGGUCCUCUCCCCCACAAUGUCCCAGAACUACGCCAAUGACAUGAACUCGAUGGCGGGAUCACCCGUCUCGUCCUACUCCUCAGACGAGGGCUCGUACGACCCGUUAAGUCCCGAGGAACAAGAACUUCUGGACUUCACCAACUGGUUCUGA